AGCUGUUACAUCUACCGACUGUACUUUAUUUGCAAAAAUUACGUCGCGUAUUUAUCAUGUCCACACAUUUUAUUUGUAAAUUUUAAUUGCUGUACUAAUUAUUGCCAUCAACUUUUUGUAAUUUCUGUAGUUAUUGAUGUAAAUAAGUGCACAUCAGUUGAAAAGAAAGAAAAAGAAAUUGACGAAUGAGCAAUAUGUAUUCGCAAAAGACAUAUGGAUAUAAUAACUCAGACAUGGAUCUGUUUGACUUCCAUCAUGGGUAUUUUGGACGAAACGAUACUCAGAAUAAUUAUGCCAUCAACAUCGUUAAAUUCCAUGAAAUAAUCAACAAUUCCAUCGGUCUCAAGCAAUUGUGCAGAUUUUGCCUGAAACGAGCAAGCAAAAAGAUUGAUAAGGAAAACCUUGAAUCGUUCAGAAUGUUAACCAAUUCAAAGUUGGUUUGUAAGCCGGAAUAUCCGAAAUCGAUUUGUUCGCUUUGCGAAUCACAAUUGCAGUCAGCUUGUAAAUUACGUGUGUCAUUGCUUGAUAUGGAACGGUGCUGGUCGGAAUUUUUUCGUCAAGAUUACCGGGAUUUUAUAAGAAGCAUCAGCAUCUCAGAGGAGCAUAUCUAUGAUGAAAUUUUUCUUGAAAUCGAAUUUGACUCCAAUUAUAGUGAUACAUCAUCCAUUCGAUCGUUCGAACAACGACCAUUACUUGGCAAUAAAAAUGAUCAGAAACCGCUGUCCAAAAAGUCUUGCAUUGGAAAGCCUCGAAGCGUUCAAGCACUGACAAUGCCGGUCAUGGUUCAACGUGAUUGGAAUAAUCCGAAACGGUACUCGAUGUGUCAUCAACGUUCUAAUCACACAACAAUCACGAAAGAUAUGGAAACAUCGUUCACAACUGGAAAUCAAUAUACCGAAUCGUCACAUUAUUCGCAUCCAAUCGGAUACAUAUCAGAAGGUGGAAAGUUUAACGAACUCUCGACUGAGCGCAAUCAUGACACACUUUCGUUAUCUAAUGAAAGAGUCGACUAUUGUUUACCCGAAGAAAACAAACACGAUGAAUGGAAUGCAGGAUCUGAGGCGCACAAAAUAGAAAUUAAGUGCGUCGUUGUUGGCAAUGCCGCCGUUGGUAAGACCAGUUUGAUUCUUUCAUACUUGAAAAACAAAUUCGACGAUCAGCAUGUACCGACAGUAUCUGAUGUUUACAAAUUCGAUGUUGACGUAAAUGAACGAUUAGUUCGAGUAAUGCUCUAUGAUACUGCUGGUCAGGACGCUUUAGAUCCGUUGCGUCGUCUGUCAUACCCCGAUUGCAAUGUCUUUCUACUUUGCUUCUCAGUGGUCCAACCAGAAUCAUUUCAUGCAAUCAAACGUAAAUGGGCACCGACAUUUCGACACACCAACGCAUCGCUGCUGCUUGUCGGAACGCAGACCGAUUUACGAUCCAACUCAGAAACUAUUGCAGAGUUGAAGAAACAAAACUUACGUCCCGUUGCAUCGGAGGAAGCUCACAAGUUGGCUAGGUCAAUUCGAGCUAAGUAUAUGGAGACAUCGUCACGAAAUAAUGAUGGCGUUAAAGACGCCUUCGAUACAGCUAUCGAAAUUGCGAUAAAAAAGAUCAAAACACUGCCAGUGGAUAACGAAUCGCACACCGGUUGGCAAGAUUUUCUUUGCAUGUGCUGUGUCGGAUAGCCAAUAUUCAAUGUCAAUCUGCAGUCCCAAUAACUGACUUCAUCAUCAUCAUCACAAAUUUAACUCUUUUUUUUACAAUUUAUGACAAAUUUACCACACUUUUUUGGACAUCAUUAGACGUUCGACACGAAAA